AUGAGACGAGUCAAAAGAGCAGGAAUCAUAAAGCCAAAGGAAGUCUUAAGUGCAGACUCCGUUGUCGACGUUGCAGAGGAAAUCGAGUACUACAAGCAGAACAUGAAUGACGACCUCGCACAGAAGAAGAUCUGCUAUUCUCGAAAAGAGAAAAUGGAGAACUUCGACGACGACGAGAUCGAAAAACAGAUCGAAAAAGAUGGAAUCCUGACAUUUCACUUUGAGUGCAGGGGAGUCCAAUACGGAUUUAUUGUCCCGGAAUUAUACAUCUUUGCAGAAGACAAAAGAAACGGGACAAAAACAUAUUCAACAACUGGGAACGUACACUUCUUUGUGAUCACAAGCAAACAGAAUGAGAAAACAGCUACUGUUUAUGAAAUGAAUCCCGGAACAACAAGUGACUGGCAUCCAAUCCUGUCCUUUGUAACAGUUUCCGAAAAAAACAUGACUUUCAGAAAAAUGACUCUUUGUAAUGGGUUUUUUGAAACAAACUUCGAUACGGUUUCAUUUACAAGAAGCUCAUUAUUCAAUGUAGAUGCAAAUUGUCCACUUGACUUAAAGGACGAAAAGGUUGAAUUGACAAAGACUAUUUACUCCCAAACAAUGAUCAAUGUCAAUAGUAUUUGUAAAUGGAUAACUGUUGAAUAUCCAAUACAACCAAUUCUAGAGAAUGGGACUCAAACGACUUACAACAUGGAUAAGUUCUCUUUGGGGGAGACAAUUUUGAUCACAAGUUUUUGCAACAUGGGAUUAUUACAAGAUGGAAUUGUCGUAUCAUCAAAAGCAAGGGGAAAGCCAAUUGAAGUGAAAUAUCCAUGUACUGUAGUUUUUGAGCCAGAGAAAGCUAUUUACGCAUGUGAUGACAUCUUUGUUGAGAUCAAAGGAUCUAAAGUCCACUUUUCUAUGAAUCAGUUCAACAUCAUGAAAACUGAAGACCUUAUUACGAUUUAA